AUUGAAGCCUCCUUAAUCCUUUAUUUUGGGGCUUCAACUCUAAAAAAUCUCUUCAUUCCCUGGAGGGAAUACUUUUUUGGAAAUGCCAUUUUGCCAGACAAAAUGUCCGUUUGAGUUUAGUAAGUUUUAUGUUCCCCUUUAAAAAUGUCAAAAGUAUAAGCACGUGUACAGGCUAUUUGAACACAUUUGCCUGGAAAUGUUACAUGUCAAAUAAUUCCAUAAUUUCAGUGUUAUGAAUAUUGCAGCAGAUGAUGUCAAAGCAACGUAUAAAACCUUGGUCCUCGUUGUCUGCCAGCCAGAAUACUAGCCUAGACCUACUGAUUCGCUUGCUUUGCUAUCAACUUCCAAUCAGGUUCAGCGCGUUUCAGUACCAUGGUCGGCAGCCUGCUCCUCCUCCUCAGCGCCACCAGCUCGGUGUUGGUGGUGCUGGCCAGCUCCCACCACUUUCUGGAAACACGCUCCCCUGAAGACUCCAUCAAGACACAAGAAGAACAAGAAUUGGUGAGAUAAAAAAGUAUAUUUAUUCGCAAAAAAAUUAUAUAUAUUUUUAAGGGUUUUAUAUAGUCCUACCAAUAGGGUUCUAAAAGGUACAUUGCUCAAUAACUUGGACGGAUGGUUUUGUGGUACUGUAUAUCAAUUCACACAGCAUGCGCACAUUGAUUGCUCAAAUGGACGCUAAUACACAUAGCUCAUAAUCGUGAAACUUAGAUUGGCGAUAUGUUAAUAGUCUACCAUUGCAGACAGAGAAUAGAUAUGAACAUGUCAAACUAAACAUGCUUCUUCUACUCUACAGUUUGAAGCUUUACAAGAGGUUCUUGAAAAACUACAGAGUAAGCAGAUGCCGGCCUAUGAGAAGAAGUUGGGUUGGGUUCCCAUGGUAAGAGGAAUAGGUUUAGGAUUUACUUAAUUGAAAUAUAAUUGUUUUGUAAUAUAAUUGUUUUGUAGAAACUUCGUAAGACAUAUGCCUGAACAUGGACAUUUUUAUAUUUUGCGUGACCAUUAUUCUGUCUGUGUUAUUUUCAAGUAGGCAACAGUAGGCCUACAGCAAUAAUACAUGUAGGCUGUAUGUUCUCUAUGUUGACAGUGUGAUGCUGAUGCGGGUCAGCAAUGUGCAGUUCGCAAAGGUGCAAGAAUUGGGAAGUUGUGCGAGUGUCCACGGGGAACAUCUUGCAACUUCUCCAUCCUCAAAUGCUUUUAGGGAAUCGAGGACGACAGCUACCAUCGGGAUGACUCAAUGUUUUAUGAGGACAAUUAGUGUAUUCUCAAAUCUUGCUGUUUUAGAUAUGUAAAUGUAAAAGAAUGGAA